AUGGUGGUCACUACUAGAGCAAGCUCCCGCGGCGCAAGCGUCGGACCUGAAUUCGCACCAGAAUUCAAUACCGAGCUACCUACCAUCCCAUCAACGCCAACAACACGCAAGAGAAGCGCCGCCAAAAACUCUUCCUCCAACGGUACAACGGCCUCGGCCAAGAAACGUCGUCUAUCCGUCCAAGAACCUAAAAAAUGGAGUCACUCUCCCUCUUCAGCCACCAUCUUCUGGCUCGCGUUGUCUCUACCGCUCGUGGCUUGGGAUAGCGGUUAUGUCCUUGGUCGGCCGCAUACCAUGCCUGGAGGUCAUCUUCAGUGGCCUUUGUACAUGCCAUACGCUCUCUACGGACAGGUUGAUUAUAUUUAUGGUUCCAAGGCUUUCGAUGCCAAGAAUGGGUUUACGGGUGCGCAGUCGGCUAUGAAUAUUGUCGAGAUGAUCUUGUACUUUAUGUACUUGUGGAUGAUUUGGAGACGGGCUGAUAAAGUGACCAACAAGAAGGAAAAGAAGAGGAGGACUGUUAGUGGAAGGAGUGGUGCUUUGGCAGUCCUGAUUGGAUUCAGCGCAGCUGUCAUGACUCUGAGCAAGACUGUUCUAUACUGGGCCAACGAGUAUUUUAGCGAGUUCAGCAACAUCUCUCACAACACUCCUGUCGAUAUUCUCACUCUCUGGGUCAUUCCCAAUGGCAUGUGGCUUAUUUUCCCAACUUACAUGGUUUAUGCUUUCGGAAAGAAUAUUCUCGACGGACUGACACUUGCUUCUGGCCAACCAGUGAAGCAAAGGACUGAAUAG